AUGACAUCUCCUCUGUGCAGGGCGGCUUCCGCCAAUGCUCUGACUGCUCAGGACCAAGUUUCGAAGCCCUCCUCCAAGGUCAAAGGCAGUCAGUCUCAGGCCAAGGCCCACCACCCAAGAGGCAAGGGUGCAGCUCAGGCCUGGUACCCAGUCCAUUCCAAAUCGGGACACCUCCACCCCAGCGGGGUGAAGCCCGCUGUGCACACACAGGUGGCUGAGUUACAAAGGAAGAUACAACUGUUAGAGGGCGACAGGAAGGCCUUUUAUGAGAGCUCCCAGUGGACCAUCAAGAAGAACCAGGAGACCAUCAACCAGCUCGGUGAGGAGACCAAGGUGCUGCAACUACGGCUGGCGAACCUGCUUCAGGGAGAUGAGAAAGUGGUCCAGGAAGUGAUUCGGGAAUGGAAGUCAGAGAAAUCGUACCUGAAGAACAGAACAGGCCAGGCCCUGGAGCUCCUGGACCAUCGGCUGAGUGAGAAGGUGAAGCAGCUGAACUCCCUGCGACACGAGGUGGAGUUGCGGCAGAAGCGGCUGGAUGAGCUCCAGCUGCAACACAGCCUGCGUGAGCUCGAGAUGGUCGAGGCGCAAGAUAGCAACACGGAGGUGGCCAAGACCAUGCGGAACCUGGAGAACCGCCUGGAGAAGGCCCGGAUGAAGGCGGAGGAAGCGGAACACAUCACCAAUGUGUACCUGCAGCUCAAGGCCUAUCUGCAGGAGGAGAGCCUUAACUUGGAGAACCGUCUGGAUGCUAUGGAGGCUGAGGUGGUGCGGACGAAACACGAGCUGGAGGAGCUGCAUCUGGUGAACCAGGAGGCGCUCAACGCCCGAAAUAUCGCCAAGAACCAGCUGCAGUAUCUGGAGGAGACGGUGUACCGAGAGCGCAAGGAACGGGAGCGCUACCUAACCGAGUGCAAGAAGCGAGCAGAGGAGAGAAAACUGCAGAACGAGCGCAUGGAACGCAAGACCCAGCGCGAGCACAUGCUGCUGCAGUCCGACGACACGAUCCAGGACAACCUUCGCGCCAAGGAGCAGGAGCUGCUGCGUCGCUGGAGCAUGUACCAGAUGGAGGUGAUCUUCGGCAAGGUCAAGGACGCCACUGGUGUGGCCGACACCCACUCCGUGGUACGGCGGUUCCUGGCGCAGGGCGACACCUUCACACAGUUGGAGACGCUCAAGAGGGAGAACGAGGCGACGCUAGUCAGGCUGAAGCAAGAGAAGCAGGGGCUGCAGCGGGAGUUUGAACGCCUCAAGUACUCAGGGGAGACCACGCUGGUGAGCGAGCAGAAGCUACAUGCCGAGCUGCAGGGGCGCCUCAGGACCGAGGAGCAGCGGCGCACUGAGGCACAGGAACAGCUAGAGCGCACCACGCGGGCGAUGCAAGUGGCCAAGGCGGGCCUCGAGCACCUGGCGGGCAAGCUGCUCUACAUCACCGUGGAGGACAGCCGCUUCGCGGGAAAGGAGCUGGAUCCCCAAACGGCCAACUACUUGCCGGACCUGCUGGGGGUGGUGGAGGAAAAACUGCUGAAGCUGCAGAGGCAGCUUGAAAGCCUCGACCUGCCGGAGAUGCUGCAACACAUCGCAGAUCGUGAGUUUUACGCCAGCUUAGAGGGAAAGCUGCCCCUGCACAACACCCGCAUUGAUCUGCCCCUUGUCAGCUCCAAGGACAAGUUCUUCGACGAGGAGGAGAGUGAGGACGACGACAACCACGUGGUGACUCGCGCAGCCCUCAAGAUCCUUUCCCAGAAAUUCAUCGAAUCCCGCAGCAAGAAGCGCAGUCGCUCGCGGAGGUCCUAG